GGGCUGUAGUUGCAGACACGCCCCCUGUGAGUCAGAGGGCUUUAGGAGCGCUACUGUAAUGACAGCUCAAAGCUGUCCACGUCAACACUGUGCUACCACCAUGGACUCCGCGGCUCUGGAACCCUCGCUCUACACUGUGAAGGCUGUUUUCAUCUUAGACAACGAUGGAAAUAAAACACUCCAAAAAAAUCUUAAAAAUUACUAUGAUCCAGAACUCUAUCCCUCGAUGAAAGAGCAGAAGAAUUUCGAACUGAAUGUCUUCAACAAAACACAUAAAGCUGACAAUGAAAUAGCCUUCUUAGAGGGAAUGACGAUAGUCUACAAGAGCAGCAUAGACUUGUUCUUCUAUGUAGUUGGCAGCGCUCAGGAGAAUGAGCUCAUGCUGAUGGCAGUGUUGAACUGCUUGUUUGAGUCUGUCAGUCAGAUGUUGAGGAAGAAUGUGGAGAAAAGGACUCUGCUGGAUAAUAUGGAUGGAGUGUUCCUAGUGGUGGAUGAAAUCAUCGAUGGAGGGGUGAUCCUGGAGAGUGACCCCCAGCAGGUCAUUGAAAAGGUCAACUACAGGGCAGAUGACAGCCCAUUAUCAGAACAGAGUGUGGCACAGCACAUCACUGAAAAACUGGCUCUCACCUCUAAUGUGUUACAGUCAGCAAAGGAGCAGAUCAAGUGGUCAAUUCUAAAAUAACAUUUUCCAUGACCUCUGAAGGAGUCUGUAAAUUAUCGCAAGGGAAUUUCAUUUUUUAUUUUUAAUGAGUUGUAAUGUAAUUAAUUAUUAAAGUAGUGCACAUGGGUAGUUACAUCUCAUGUUUAGUGCUGAUAUAUUUAUAUUUUUUGUCAAAGAGUAAAUUAGGUCAUUUGUGUUUUUUAAAUGAUAUAAAAAGGGAUAUUUGCUCACUGGGCUCUGAACCAAAUAUCAUCCAACACACAAAUACCUGUCUGUUUCCAAAGCAGCUUUAAAGCAAUUGCAAUUCUUUUAAAAUCUGCAAAUAUUGAUAUACUGUUUCUGUUUAGAGGAGGUACAGUUAUGUUUUCAUUUAAAUGCUCACAUGUCAAAACUUUAUUGUCUAAACUUGUCUUUUAUCAGUUUUGGUAUUUUUGUUUUGCUUUACAACCUGUUGUCAAAAAAUAGUUGAGUAAGUUCUGUUACACUAGGCCUAUAUAUAACUAAAUAUUUUGCUAUAUAUGUGUUUUGUUUUUAAUGAGGAAAGUGCAAUAUUAUGAAAUUGAUAUGAGUCAGUUGGGGGCACUUUUAUUAUGACAGAGUCCACUAUAAUAUUAAUAAUUGUCUGACAAGUACUGUAGUUUAGAAGUAUGAAAAAUAGCAUUUAAAAGUUGAUAAAAAAUUCAAAGACAUUUCAGUAUAUUUUAUUUUCUAAUAAAAUAAACUGUGUGUUGUUUGAUUUUUAAAACCAUGGUUUCAGGAAAUAAUUGUGCACAAAAAUGUCAUUUAUCUAAUAAAUAUGUGUGUUUUUUU